AAUGAUUUCAAAAAGCAAAAAAGAAAAAAAAAAAAAAACAAAAAAAAACAAAAAACAAAAAGACUCGGUUUCUGUUUCUGUUUCUCUCUCUAUUAUUUUGAUAUUUGUGUUAUGGUAAUGAUACUUUGUAUUUGUUGGUUAGUACACAGAAAAAAAGCAGAAAUCAGAAGCAGCACCCUCACCCUCCUAUUUCCUCAGAAAUCUCUUUAAGGAAUUUUCAGAACUCUCCUUCGUCUUUUCCCUUUCUCGUGAUCUUUCUUUUUUUCUUUUUUCUUUUUUUUUUCUUCUCUAUAUAAACCCCCUCUUCCUUCUUCUACGCUAAUAUCAUUUUUUUAGAAUUUAGAGAGAAAAAGAAAAUGAGUAGUAAUAGUUGUGGAAGAAAUGGAAGUGUAAGACAAUACAUUAGAUCCAAAGUCCCAAGAUUAAGAUGGACUCCUGAUCUUCAUCAUUCCUUUGUUCUUGCCAUUGAAAGACUCGGUGGCCAUCAAAAGGCAACCCCUAAGCUUGUUCUACAGCUCAUGGAUGUGAAAGGACUCACCAUUUCACACGUAAAGAGCCAUCUUCAGAUGUAUAGAAGUAUGAGGGCAGAUAUGGGAAGACAAGAUAGAAGUUGCUCUUCAACCCUUCAAAGAAAGGUAAGUAAUUUGGACGAUGACGAGGGCGAAGACGGGUGUGUAGAGGAAGAAGUGGUAAAGGGAGGUAGAAUAAUUUAUAGAUCAAGAACAAUUCAAAGUCCAGCUUCAAAAAGAGUAAAAAUAGGGUGGGAAGAAAGAAUAAUAUCAAGAAAUGAAGCAUAUUAUGGUAAUGGUAAUAAUGGAGAAAGAGAGAAUAUAAGGAGAAAGAAAACGUGUGAUUCUGAAUCAGACGGCUAUGCAAUCAACCAAUCUGCUACGGCUAAUCAUGCUUUCAAGAUGAUGAAACAAGAGGGCCACGAAAGAGCAGAGAAGAUUAAAGAAAGCAAAUGUUUUGAACUAACUUUGUCCCUAUCUUUACAACACCAUUAUCAUCAUUCAAGCAGUGAAAUGAGUGAAGCAAUUUCAUCUUCAAGUUCAAAGUUGGAUAAUAAUAAUAAUAAUAAUAAUAAUAAUAACAAUAAUAAUAAUAAUAAUGACAAUAAUAAUAACAAUAAUAAUAACAAUGAUGAUUACAGAGAUUGUUGGAGUUGGUCCUAUGGAAGGGAACAGCAGAAAAUUGGUGUUAAUCUUGACUUGACAAUGGCACUUUGUGGUAGCCAAUGAUAAUUUUGUAUGUAAUUAAUUUACAUUUCCUAGUUUUUCUUUUUCGAUGAAUAUAAUGUUGGAAAAGAAAAACUUCAUUGUUAGGAUCACUCGAAUGCAGCUGUGAUUUUGUUGGAUAUAAUGUUGUAAAAGAAAAACAUCAUUUUGUAGUUUGUCCAAUUAGAUUUUUUUAUUUUAAAUUAAACUAAUCAUGUUUGGAAAAUGCAUGAUGUGAUUUUUUUAAGAUAUCAAUUAAUGAAAUGUAUUAAUUACU